AUGUCGCAGCAGCUUAUGCAGAGUGAGAAGAAUACCUGGGCGAAAGGACAGGCACUGGCAGCUGUUUUGGCUGGAGACGUCGCCGCAGCGACCAUUUCCGCAACAGCGAUCAGUCCUAUCUUGACAGUCAUUGACCGUUCCGUAGUUGAGAAUGCCGCACCAGCCAAUCAGUCUCUGCUAUCUACCCUGAGAACCAACAUCCUCAACUCAGUCCGACGGCCACGGCUGCUCUUCGCAACAAAGCCUUUCCUCUACAUGUGGACGCUCUAUGCAGCCACAUAUACCACCGCCAACGCAGUUGAGAGCAUAGGCACCGCACUUACAGCGGGAGCGGAUCGCAUACUUAUCAGUUCUAUCACGUUCAUUUCAACGUGUCUUGUCAACGUACCUCUAGGAGUAUGGAAAGAUGUGCGCUUCGUCCAAACGUAUGGUAGAUCUGUAGAGCAAGUUAAGUUCAGCAAGAUGGUGGGAAACACGACACCAGUGGCUUCACCUACACGGUCCAACUCCCCAGCGCGAGCAACUAGGUCUUCACGAACCGUCGCCGCAACUUUCCUCUUCCGCGACGCCAUUACCAUAUUCGGAUCCAUCAGUCUACCGCCAAUGCUGAGUUCAGCUGUAUCAGCACCAGAUCCCCUUGUUCCAGAUCCGUCGACUAAGAACGCCGCAAUACAAAUCUUUACGCCAGUUCUCUCCCAGGUAGUGGCAACUCCUCUACAUCUACUGGGCUUGGACUUCUAUACCAGCCCAGAAGGCAGCAGUGCGGAGCGGACGCAGAGAAUAAAAAGCGCCUUGUUACCAACGACGGCGAUAAGAUGUGCAAGAAUCAUUCCAGCUUUUGGGGUUGGCAUGGUGAUGAACACUUGGCUGAGGGAUUGCUUUCACGGGCAGCUGAAAGAUCUGGGGUUCAAAGGAGUGAUAUUGACAUACGCGAAGGAAAUGGUAUUCGAUCACAAGAAUGAAUCUGCAAACCAUCAUACCUCAGACAAGUUCGUCGAUACAAAGGCUGUCCCAGCACAUAACACGGAUAUCGAGGCGUGGAGGGCGGGCACGUUGAGGACUCUUGAUCUUAUUUCGGAGGGAGAUAUCCUGGCUCUAAAAACAACGGGAGGCGGCCCAGCAGUCUCAAUGGCGUUUAGCAAAGGCGAACUGCCACCCCAACAGAUGCUUGACGCCCUUAACGAGAUCGCAAAUAAGUGCAAAGAGCGCAACGUCCAGAUCAUCGUCGACGCAGAGUCUCAGCACUGGCAGAAGGGAAUCGCUCGUACAAGUCUUGAGCUGAUGCGGAAGUUCAACCGCGAUGGCAAAGCCGUUAUCUACAACACAUACCAAGCUUACCUCAAAGACACCUCAGACGUACUCGCAUACCAUAUGGCCGAGGCAGAGAGAGACGGUUUCACACUUGGUCUCAAGCUCGUUCGAGGCGCAUACAUUCUCUCCGAUAACCGUUCGUUGAUCCACGACACCAAAGAAGAUACGGACAACGCCUACAACACCAUAGCUCAGGGUGCUCUUCGUCAGCAAAUCGGUAUAUUCGGUGCUUCCGGUCCCUCUGCACGCCCGUUUCCCUCUGUAAAUCUCUUUCUCGCCUCUCACAACCGCGAAAGCGUACUGUCAGCCCAUAGACUUUACCGUCAGCGCUUGGAAGCUGGUCUACCAACCGUGCCUGUCGCGUAUGGACAGCUUCACGGCAUGUCUGAUGAAGUCAGCUUUUCUUUGCUGGCUGAGAAGAGCGAGAGUGGUAAGGCGCCUGAGGUAUUGAAGUGCACGACCUGGGGUAGUAUGGGCGAGUGUGUGGGGUAUCUGCUUCGUAGAGCAGUAGAGAACCGCGAUGCUGUGUUGAGGACUAAGGAUGAGUUUACCGCGUUACGGAAGGAGGUUAAGAGGAGGUUUUUCUGGGCAUAA